GUGUUAGAACAUUUUAUUAAGUGAAAUGUUGCAGUUCGUAUGCCUAGCUGUUGUUGUCGCGGCAGUCUCCGCUGCCGAGUUCGAAUUCAGAAACCGUGAAGGCGGGCCAGUCUGGGUUGGAAUCCAAGGAAAUCCUGGCCAUCCGCAUCUGGAAGGUGGAGGGUUCAAGCUAGCUCAAGGGCAAUCGAGAACAAUUGGAGCUCCCGAUAACUGGGCUGGACGUUUCUGGGGCAGAACUUGGUGUGACGAUGGUUCAAACCAUUGCUUAACAGGUGAUUGUGGUAAUAGAGUACAAUGUAAUGGAGCUGGAGGAGUACCACCCGCUUCUCUAGCUGAAAUUACAAUGAAAGGAGCUGGAGGACUUGAUUUCUACGAUAUUUCUUUCGUUGAUGGAUAUAACAUCGCUAUUAGUUUUGAACCUGUAGGAGGCCAAGGAGAUGGUGGUCAAUACAGUUGUAAAAGAGCUCAGUGCCUUAGACAUCUCAACGAUGGCUGUCCCAAUGAACUCAAAGUAAUGGGACCAAAUGGAUUCGCCAUAGCAUGUAAAUCAGCUUGUCUUGCCUUUAAUACAGACCAGUACUGUUGUAGAGGUGCUUUCGGAACACCCGAAACUUGCAAGAGUUCAACCUGGCCACGUAACUAUCCUCAGGAAGUUUUUAAAUCUCAAUGCCCAGAUGCUUACAGCUAUGCUUACGAUGAUCACAAGAGUACCUUCACCUGCAAGGCUUCGAAAUAUAUUGUGCAAUUUGGUGUAUAAGAUUUAAUCUAAGACUGUUUUUUUUUUAUUAUUUUCUAAUAAAGAUAAUAACAUUUUCUAAUUAAUCAA